AUGACCGCUACACUCAAGAUGAUGAUGAUGGACUUCAUGGAGGACAAGUUCGGCCUGAAGAACCAGGCCAUGAAGGCCGCGGACUACUUCAUGGAGCCGGCUAUCGAGAGCCUGGACGGCGGCGUGUACUUCGCCAAGUCUCCCCCGAAAUGCGCGCAGGCCUUCGGCGAACACCGCGCCUCGCCCCAGCACGCCGGCUACGGCCCGGCCAAGGCGGAAGAGUUGGCCGGCCCGGCGGCGUCAUGUUGCCGCGGCGACGAGGCGGACGAGGCGGCGGGCAAGGGCGACGACAAGGUGACCAGCAGCAAAAAGCGACGGCACCGGACCACCUUCAGCAGCGCGCAGCUGGACGAGCUGGAGAAGGUCUUCCAGAAGACGCACUACCCGGACGUGUACGUGCGCGAGCAGCUGGCCACCAGGACCGAGCUGACGGAGGCCAGGGUGCAGGUGUGGUUUCAGAACAGAAGAGCCAAGUGGAGGAAGCGGGAACGUUACGGACAAAUCCAGCAAGCCAAAAGUCACUUUGCCUCCGCCUAUGAAUUAUCUGUGCUGCCUCGCAACGACAGCUACGCGCAGCUUCCAAACAACUUGUGGUCAGGCCCGCCUCCGUCCGGUUCCGUGGUGUCCCCCUGCAUGCUGCCCCGAGGCUCGCCACCCUGCGUGGCCUCCUACUCCCCGCGCUCGGCCUCCUCCGCCGCCGGGGACCACGGCCACGGCUACUUCCCCAACCAGCAGAACCAGUUUGGUCACGUCUCCCUCAACAACUUCUGCGGCGACCCGCUUCUCUCGCCGGCAGCCAACGGCCACCACGCAUUCGAGACCAAGCCCGAGUUCGAGAGACGUUCGUCCAGCAUCGCUGUGCUGCGCAUGAAGGCCAAGGAGCACGCCGCCAACAUCUCCUGGGCCAUGUGAUCUUGCUUCUAGAACCAAAGAAACUUUCACCCGCUUCAAGAACCAAAGAAACACUUUUGAGGCUCAGGAGUGAGACAGACUCCAGUUAAUGCACUAAAAACACUCUACUGGGCCAUGUGUAUUUGGAGCCGUGGUCACAUGCCGACCCGCUUCUAGGACCAAAGAAACUCUGACCAGCUUCUCGAGCCCAAAAAUACUUUUGAGGCUCACAAGUUGUUUUGAGGCAAUAAAAACACGCUGCCGGUGUUUGGGGGCAUAUAUGAUACCACAAGUUGGACAUGCUGAUCUGCUUCAAGAAACAAGCAAAUGCUGACCCGCUUUUUGAGCACAAGAAACUUUGACCCACCUCGAGAACCAAAAAAACACAUUUGAGGCUUUAGAGUGAGGCCAGAUAAUGCCAGAUAAGGCCAGAUAAUGCACAUGAAGGCAAUUGUUGUGAGCUCACGCUUGGACGUUUGGAGAUAGCCUUGUGCUUUUGUGGUUACAUGCUGACUGUCCUCUAGAACCAAAGACAUUUUGACCCACUUCUGGAGCCAAAGAACCCCUUUCUUUAGAGGCUCCGGAGUCAUGUGGACUCAACGCACACGAAUGCAACAAAAACAAUGCUCGGGCUCAAGAAACACGUCUUGUGUUUCCAUGGUCACCUGCUGAUCCACUUCUAGAACCAAAGAAACUCUGACCCACUUCUAGUGCAAAAAAAAACCAAAACGCUCAGGAGUGGAGUCGAGUUACUGCAAAUAAAUGCAAGGAAAAACAUGCUAUUGUGAUGGCAUGUUUGGACUCAGGAAAUGCACCCUCAUGGUCACACAUGCUGACUGGCUUCUUAAACCAAAGAAACUGACACGCUUCUAGAACCCCCCACCCCCCAAAAAAAGACAGAAAAAAACACUUGCACAGUUCUGGAACGAAAAAAGAAAUGUGGCCCUCUUCUGGAACCAAAAAAGACCCCCAAAUCUGAAACAAAAAAAUCCACUGCCCUGCUUCUGGAAUCAAAAUCCACUGACCCUCUUUAUGGAACAAAAAAAAAAUAAAAAAUGAACGAGCCUCUUCUGGAACCAAAAA